AUGAUCCACCAUCCAGUCUAUUUCUACGGCGACACUACGUCCAUGGAUCUGCGCAAGAACUCGACCGGACAGUCGACGAGCCGCUUCCAACGGUUCCAGCUGCUCAAGGUGGUGUCGCCGGAGCACAACCGAUACGGUCAAUUCAAGAAGCGCCUCACUAAAUGACGCCUUCUCACCGCCCGCGGUCUCACGUGCCGACGAUUCCUCCCGCGACCUCCAAUCCUUUCCGUUUCUCUCCAUCUGUACACUUCCCGCCCGAGGGACCUGUAAAUAUGAUAUUUUUGCAUUGGUUUCCGUCUAGAUUUUGUCUUCUUUGCCCAUAUUUAUUUGUGUUCAAACAAUUGUAUAUUUGUGUCUGUACAUUCCAUGAUAUUUUGCCGCUGGUUGGUCAUAUUCUCUCAUCUUUUCUUGCUAUGAUGAUUUGCAAUAUUUCCCUGCGAUCUCAUCGUUCAUUUGUUCAAUUUGAUUCACAUUUUUCUCGGUUCUAUGUUAUUUUUCAUUGCGACGAGUGCAUUUAUUUUUGAUCGAACGGAUAAAGUAUUUAUUUGGAAUAACUUGUUGGGAACAAAACCAGAUCUGCCUUAUCAAAACAGAUGAAUACUGGGAGGCCGUCAGGGUGGUUACAGUACUAUUUUCGAAAUUUGAUAACGACACGUUUAUUGACGUAUGGAGAAAUUCGACAAACCUCCGAGAUAUCAGGCCCAGCCCAAAUUUUUUAGGCGUAUGAGACAUCGCUACUUUGAAGAACACCGUUGACUUUUACUGUUACAAACAGCCAAUGCAUGCCUUGGAAAUGAACAAUUCCAUUCAGAGACUUUUCGUGUUUUGUGUUUACUUAUCACAGAUUCAUCAGACACUGAAAGUGCAAAAUGUGACACUGUUUACUGAUCUUUGACUUUAAACAUUCGAAAGUCGCUUUUCACGGCGAGCUUCAAUCGGAUUCAGGCUUCACUUCGAAAUCUACAAUAAAAUUGAGUGACAAAUCGGUUUAAUUUGUGUUCUGAUUGCAAACUUCAAGUACUUACGUUUCUUGAUAAAUUUCAGCCGAGUCAGCGCUCCUCCAAACGGAAUUUCAACAGAAACUCAUGUUCCACGCACAGAAGAAUGUCACGAGGAAUUCUGAUUUGAUUUUUGAGCUGACCUUGCAAAUCGUAUAUACUUUGUAGUGGGCACAAUGCCAACUGCCACAGUCUCUCGCGUUCCAACGAUAGAAGUGUACUUGUGCCUUCCGUUUUUCCCUGUUUACUACGUGCCCACGUGGGCUGUUAUUCGUUUUGGCGGUACUUAUUAAAUGUUCAAUAGUAAACUGUCUAGUGUCCUAUUACAGAGAUAAUAAGGUCAGAAAGUCGCGUGGUUUAGUGAUCGCUGAAAAAUUGCUAAAUUUCCCACGCUGGCCGCGUGUUUUAUAACGCGGCCGCGGACUAGACCCGGCCAACAAUGCAAGGGCGCUCUGCUGAACCAACGGGCGAUCUCAUUUUUUAAUCACAAUUUUCAUAGAAAAAACACCGUUUUGAUCUGUUUUUGAUUAUUUUUCUCAAUAAUUCGGUCAAAAAACUAUUAACUGUGCCACUUUACAUUCGGAUCCUAGCUUUUAUCUUGGACCAUGCCAUAAUCGGCCUUCAGUUAGGACAAUGCCUUUUCCAGCCUUGUUUUGUUCAUUUCUUGUCGUCUGAGUUAUUUCAAGUAAUCAGUCGUUAUUUUCAGAGGGUAAAAUGUUGGCUCGCACUAUCCAAAGAUUCUCCACUGUCGCUCGUCGCGGAUACGCUGCCGCCGCCGCUGCCCCAGCCAAGAACGCCAACCCAGAUGAGCUUCGUCUCACUUUUGCCUCUCCCGACAUUGUAUUAUCUCUUUCGUUUUGUUUUUCUUCAAAUGUUGGUUUUACAGGCUCUCUUCAGCAAUGCCGUCGUCAAGCAGGUUGAUGUGCCAACCCUGGCCGGUAUGGUUGGUGUUCUCGCUAACCACGUCCCAACCAUUGGUGUCCUCAAGCCAGGAGUUGUCUCCGUCACAACUGCUGAAGGUUUCGAAUGCAACGAUUCAGUGAGAUUCACAUAUUUGCGUUUUAGGAGCCGUCCAGCGCGUCUUUGUUUCGUCGGGAACCCUCUCCGUGAACAUUGACGGAUCGUGCCAGGUUCUUGCUGAGGAAAUUCUGAAGGUUGAGGAGAUCGAUGAGUCCGCUGCCCGUACGGAGCUUGAUGCUGCCCAGAAAGCCUCCGGAGAAGGAAGCGAGGUUGCCCGUGCUGAAGCCCAAAUCCGUGUCGAAGUAAGUUAGCAUUCUGCGUACAUUCAAUCUAGUGAAAAGGGUAGCGACGGCUGAUUUCGAAAUCGGUCGUAAAAUACGAUUUUUAUUAUUGUUACAGUUUGUUGCUUCGAGCUCCUUCUAAGAAACUAGGGCUGAAAAUUUUAAUCGCUCAUAAAAAAAGUCGUUAAAAAGAACGCUGAAACUGUACUCAAACGGUCGCGCCAUCAUGAAAUCCUUAAGGGAUCGAAUAUACCUUUUUCAGGUUGCUGAAGCUCUGAUCAAGGCUGCCACGAACCAGCAGUAA